GACUUCGAAGGCAGCCGAAUGGAGGAGGUGCCUCAGGGCUGUCCCGGGACCGGCAGCGCCCAGGCGGGCCGAGGGGCCUCAUGUCAGGGCUGCCCCAACCAGCGGCUCUGCGCUUCCGGAGCCGGCGCCGCUCCCGACCCAGCUAUAGAAGAAAUCAAAGAAAAAAUGAAGACCGUGAAACACAAAAUCUUGGUAUUAUCUGGGAAAGGUGGCGUUGGAAAAAGCACAUUCAGUGCCCACCUUGCCCAUGGCCUAGCAGAGGAUGAAAACACACAGGUCGCUCUUCUGGACAUUGAUAUAUGUGGGCCGUCAAUUCCCAAGAUAAUGGGCUUGGAAGGAGAACAGGCAUGUGCCCUGGGCCACGUGUUCAGAACGGACACGGUUUGGGCAUGCAGCACGGUCCUUAGCCCCCCUGUUUAUCUGUCAGCAAGUAUUGACUGGGCCACUCUUCUAGACUCAGGAACACAGUUCGUGGAAGACAACCUCGGGGUGAUGUCGGUCGGUUUCCUGCUCAGCAGUCCUGACGACGCCGUCAUCUGGAGGGGACCAAAGAAAAACGGCAUGAUCAAGCAGUUCCUCCGUGACGUGGACUGGGGAGAGCUGGACUACCUCAUCGUGGACACCCCGCCCGGCACGUCGGACGAACACCUGUCGGCCGUGCAGUACCUGUCGGCGGCGCGCCUCGACGGGGCCGUGAUCAUCACCACGCCUCAGGAGGUGUCCCUCCAGGAUGUCCGGAAGGAGAUCAACUUCUGCCACAAGGUGAAAGUACCCAUCAUUGGAGUGGUGGAGAACAUGAGCGUCUUCGUCUGCCCCAAGUGCAAGAAAGAAUCUCAGAUAUUCCCCCCAACAACGGGAGGCGCGGAGGUCAUGUGCCAGGAUCUGAAGAUCCCGCUCCUCGGGAAAGUGCCUCUGGACCCACACAUAGGUAAGAGUUGCGACAAAGGACAGUCUUUCCUGACGGACGCACCAGCUUCUGCAGCCGCUCUAGCCUACAGAAGUAUCAUUCAACGGAUCCAGGAGUUCUGUGGUCACCAUCAGCCCAAAGAAGAGCACCUCGUUGGUUCCUGAGACAUGAGCUGCACGUGGAGCGCAGCCUGAGCAGCCCGGGGACAGAGCGGGGGUCUUGGGCAGAAAAGGACCAGACUCUGGUAGGGCGUGAAGUCAUUUUUGCAGACACUUUAAUUGUAUUAUUUGUAUACUUUUCCACAUACAUAUAAAGGCAUUCUUUACAAACA